UUGGGGGAGGGUGACUUCUGGGGGGGGGGGGUGUUUGUUAUUGUAACUUGUAAACUUUCCCCAGAACAGCCUCUGAACAGUCUUGUCCACAAGGUUGUGUUUAGCUGGUAAAUGUUGCUUUGGGGAUCCCUGAAAAACAAGAUGGCGCCAGAUGCUCUUUCUGUUUCGCCUCUUUUCCAAGGACAAAUAUCGGAUGUCUACAAAUGUGUGUAUCUACAUGCUGUUGUCAAAAUGAAAUUCGAUCUGUACCCAGUUGAACUACCAUGUUGUGGGAGAAUGUACACGGUGUAGACGUUCUGCUUUCUCAUUGGUUGGGACUGUGACCCCGGUUUUCUCUGGUCUAUUGUAGCCCCAGAAUAAAACACAGCUAGCUUUUGGGAUGCUUUUUAAGGGUUAUAUUGGAAAGGGUGGGCACUGUCCAGGAUGGGGGUUAAAUGUCUGUGACUGUAGAUGAGAGAACAGGGGUCAAACAACAGGCACUUUGGCAGCCGCCUGUUUUUUCUUUUAUUUUAAUGUAUUUUUCAGCCCCACUGGCAGCGGUAGCCACAGCCCAUCACCUGGUCUAUCACCUGGUCUAUCACCUGGUCGUGUCCCUACAUCCCCACAUAGUGUCCCCACAUAGUGCACCUACAUCCUUACAUAGUGUCCCCUACAUAGUGUCCCCUACAUAGUGUCCCCACAUCCCUACAUAGUGUCCCCUACAUAGUGUCCCCACAUAGUGUCCCCACAUCCCUACAUAGUGUCCCCUACAUAGUGUCCCCUACAUAGUGUCCCCUACAUAGUGUCCCCUACAUAGUGUCCCCACAUCCCUACAUAGUGUCCCCUACAUAGUGUCCCCUACAUAGUGUCCCCUACAUAGUGUCCCCUACAUAGUGUCCCCUACAUAGUGUCCCCUACGUAGUGUCCCCUACGUAGUGUCCCCUACGUAGUGUCCCCUACAUAGUGUCCCCUACAUAGUGUCCCCUACAUAGUGUCCCCUACAUAGUGUCCCCUACAUAGUGUCCCCUACAUAGUGUCCCCUACAUAGUGUCCCCUACAUAGUGUCCCCUACAUAGUGUCCCCUACAUAGUGUCCCCUACAUAGUGUCCCCUACAUAGUGUCCCCUACAUAGUGUCCCCUACAUAGUGUCCCCUACAUAGUGUCCCCUACAUAGUGUCCCCUACAUAGUGUCCCCUACAUAGUGUCCCCUACAUAGUGUCCCCUACAUAGUGUCCCCUACAUAGUGUCCCCUACAUAGUGUCCCCUACAUAGUGUCCCCUACAUAGUGUCCCCUACAUAGUGUCCCCUACAUAGUGUCCCCUACAUAGUGUCCCCUACAUAGUGUCCCCUACAUAGUGUCCCCUACAUAGUGUCCCCUACAUAGUGUCCCCUACAUAGUGUCCCCUACAUAGUGUCCCCUACAUAGUGUCCCCUACAUAGUGUCCCCUACAUAGUGCACCCACAUCCCUACAUAGUGUCCCCACAUAUUGCCCAAGCCAUAGGGCUCUGGUCAAAUGUAGUGCACUACAUAAAGAAUUGGUAUGCUAUUUGUCAAGCAGCCCCUGACAUGCUCUCAUUUUACCAUGACUCUACUGUGAUUGGCUGUGGCUGUGAUUGGCUGUGGCUGUGAUUGGCUGUGGCUGUCCCUCCCAGUGGGGUUUCUGAUCUUGGAGGAGACGAGGAGCAGGUUGCCUUUUUUAUUUUUUAAAGAUGAAUUUCAAUUGGAUAUAUGAUACACCAGGAAAUGGUCUCCUCCUUCAAGGGUUUUUAUUUUGGGGUGGGAGGGUUACUACUAGCUGCCCUGAUGCAUCGGUUACACCUCUCAUGAUGUAACACCACGUCCCCCUCCAGAAUCAACCCCUAACCCCCCCCCCCCUCGGCGCCAGUCUGUUCCUGCUCAUGCCAACUCCUUAUGGUGUUGUUAGGUUUAGGAGUGAUGAGUAGGCCCAGGGCAGACACAGCUCUUGGACCAGGCUCUCCUCUACCCAUGUGCAGGUCUGACAUGGCAGGACAGGUGUAAGUGAAGCUCUGUAGCUGUUUGGGGGGGGGGUUUCACGGCGAUCUAAAUCCUUCCGUCGAGAUGUACAACUAGGAGGUAACCAGGGACUGCUUCUGGACAGGGUUGUACACUAUUGUUGGGAAAUGUUGUCUUGUAAGAUCACUAGCAUGUCAGGGAGGGCUGGAGAGGGAGACCUUUUUUCCGGGUCCCAAAUGGCACCCUAUUCCCUAUAUAGUGCACUACUUUUGACCAGAGGUCUAUGUUAGUAGUGCGCUUAUAUAGGGAGUAGGGUUCAAUUUGGAUGCAGGGGCGGAUCCCUCUGGCUAGAUGCAUCAGUUUUAUUUCAGGGUGGGGUGGAUGUUUUCCGGGGGGGGGGGGGGGGGGGUCUUACGUUGUGAUAUUUAAACAAUCCGAAUAUUCACAAGAAGGGUUCUGGGUAGACAACUUCUUUCAUGAAACUCUUCCCUUAAAUUUUGACCAUUUUUAUUUUGUAACUCGAUGUCAGUUGGAUUAGAAGUUUGUUAAAUUAAAAAAAAAAAAAAAUUAAGUGAAAGAAAGCAUUUAAUUUUUUGGAAUUGGCUGUUUCUCAGUGGAGCUGUGUUUAAAUAAUAGAUACAAGUCUUCUGUGUUGUGGACAUAUCCUGAUUGUUCAUAUCAGAGAUGAUACUUUUGGUUCAGAAAUAAAGCUCACUGUAAUUUGUCUGUUUCCUGUUCUUCUUAUUUUCUUAAGAGAUUAACUUGGGAUUUUGGCAACUAUGUUCUUCCCCAGAGUCAGGUGAACUAGUGGAUAUACUGUUUCCCCAAAAAAGUAUAUCCACUAGUUCCUCUGACUCUGGGGAAGUAGAUAACUUGCGAUUUUGGCAAUGAGGCCCUUUAUCACUUUAAACUAUUGAUUUAUUCCUAUUGGCUUCUACAAUGUAGUUACGGAAAUAGUAUUUUCUCUUGAAACUGAUGAGAACCAUGCCUGGGGUUGUCCCUAUAUGCACCCUAUUCCCGAUGUAGUGCACUACUUUUGACUUUGACCUAUGAUCAAGGUUCUUGUAAACACUUCCUUAAGAGGGACACUUUUUUGAAGGGUUAGUAGUGACUAGCCACAACUCAAUGUCCCAGAAGGCAUCCUAUUCCCUACAUGUAGUGCAUUUAUGGGCCCUGGUCAAAUGGUGCACUAUGUAGGGUGCCAUUUGGGACUAGAACUGAGCGAUGAACCCCCCCCCCCCAAAAAAUGUCAACUAAUUAACCAACAGCAGUUCAAUGCUUUGAAUUAAAAACACACAUAUAUAUAUAUAUAUAUAUAUAUUGUGUGCGUAAUGCGCAGUUCCUCUAGAUCAGGGGUGUCAAAGUCAAAUGGACGGAGGGCCAAAUAAAAAAUUUAGCUACAAGCCGAGGGCCGGACUGUUCGAAUGUUCAUUGAAAAAAAUUUAAAUGACGCAUAUAGUCUAGUGAACCUAAUUGAACCUACUGAAAACCUAACAAAUAUAUUCCAAUAUGAUCAGAUAAAUAAAGCAAUAUUUUCUUAUGGCUCUGUCAGUAAUCUUUAAUUUUCAACAGACACAAAAGACAAAUUUCCUUUAUAUAAAAAUCCCCAUAACAUGAACAUUAAAUGAAAGAAACCGGUAUUCAAGGCACCAUCAGUAGCCUAUAUUUUCUAUUUUAGCAAAAGUGGGCUAAAUUUACUUCAAAGAAAAAAACAAUAAUAGCAAUUUUCUAUCAUCCACUCAACUGUAGUAUUGGUGCGUGUAAAAGAUCUGCGGGCUGCCGGCUUGCUGCGGUCUGCGGGCCGGUUCUAAUAAUAAAUCAAGAUCAUCCCAGGGGCCGUAAAAAACCUUCUCGCGGGCCGGAUGUGGCCCGCGGGCCUUGACUCUGACAUAUGUGCUCUAGAUCAAGCCCCAUCUGCGCGAUCUAGUCGGAAGUUGUAGUGCCCAACAGGCCAACAAUAUACAAAGUUUAGUCAAUUAAACAUGGUAAUUAACUACAAUGACCAUAAUCCUUUGCGUGCCUACUGGUCCAGUCUGUUUAUUUUAUGCCUGCUAUGGAAGAGACUGAAGAAUGAGGGAUCUCUACCUGAAAACACAUGAUCUACAUAAGUGAUUGAUAGUUGGUAUUCAGAUGUCUUUUUAAAAGUAGGCUUUAUUUUUGAGCAAAUAGUAAAAUUGUGAUUUCUUUUGUCAGACAGCGUAGGCAGCAGCUCAGAUCAGAUGACUUGGGAUGAAAUAUAACCAAUACAAUUAAAUAUUUUAUUAAAAUAACGUGAAUAAUUGAUGGUUACGUCAUGAGCAGUCGCUCACUACGAUCAUGAGACUUAUUUUAUUCUGUGUUACAGCGUUCAACCUACAUAAUGCAUUGUGUAUUUAAUGUUUAUUUAAAAAAAAAAAAAAAAAAUCUUAUUUUGUAAUAAUUAGACUGAAACCGGCCUUUAAAAGCACUAAUCGCUCAUCUCCAUUUUGGGACAGACGUCAUCCCUCAGGACAGCUGUAGGGAUCCUGUUAUUUCUCCUCUUUCAAUUGGAUAGAGAAUGUGUUAUGUGAUCAGCAAUAUGCACUUUGACCUGUAUGUAAUUCUAGAUAAGUGCCAGUGCUCCUCGCCCCCUUUUUGCUUUUGAGUUCCUUCUAAACAUGAGAGCAGGGAUGUGUUUGUGGAUCUGUUUCGUGCUCUUCCUCUGUCCUUUCUACUGGUGUGCCUUGCCUCCACCUUGUGACAGUGAGAUCUACUGUUAUGGAGAUAUCCUACGGCAGGUUCAGACCGCCAAACUCUUUGAUGAUGACAAGUACUUUGUGGAUAUGAAGCUGAAGUCAGCCCCUGAUAUUAUCCUGACAGCGUUUCACAACCUGACACACGGAGAUCCUAGCUCUGUCCCGCCGUCCGUACUGAGAGACUUCCUUCUCGAGUACUUUGAAGAACCAGGGAUGGAGUUUGAGCCGUGGUUCCCAACCGACUGGCAUGACAAGCCACAGUUCCUGACUGGAAUAGCAGACGCAGAGCUGCGUAGCUGGGCCGAGAAGCUGCAUCAUCUGUGGAAAUCUCUUGGCAGAAAGAUCAGUAGUGAUGCUUUGGCCAACCCAGACCAGUACUCUCAGAUCUUCACCCCCCACCCUUUCGUCGUACCUGGAGGACGUUUCAGGGAACUGUACUACUGGGACUCCUACUGGGUGAUCAAUGGUCUCCUGCUCUCUGAGAUGACAGACACUGCCCGUGGUAUGAUCCUCAACUUUAUCCACCUCAUCGACCGAUAUGGUUUCAUCCCCAACGGGGCCAGAGUUUACUACGAGCGUCGCAGUCAGCCCCCCUUCCUGACUCUGAUGGUGGAGAGUUACUAUCAGACCACUAACGACAAAGAUUUCCUCAGGACUGCUCUGCCAGCCCUAGAGCAGGAGUACCAGUUCUGGAUGCGGAACCGCUCUGUGGCCGUUGAGGUGAACGGGAAUAAGCAUGUCCUGAACCGCUUUGAUGUACAGGUCGGCCUGCCCAGACCGGAGUCCUACAGUGAUGAUCUAGAGCUGGCUGAAGGUCUGACCGAUGAUGCUGCAGAGAGGCUGUGGAAAGAGCUGCAUUCAGGAGCAGAGUCCGGGUGGGACUUCUCGUCUCGCUGGUUUGUGGACGGCCUGGGGAACAACAACGGAUCUCUGCGAGACACCAGAACCAGUCUGCUCAUUCCUACAGACCUCAACGCUCUGCUCUGUCGCAACGAGAGGACCCUGGCUCACUUCUACAGGACGCUGGGUAAUGAGCCUGAAGCAGCGCGGUACGACAAAGCUUUAUCAGCCAGACGAGAGGCCAUAGAGGCAUUGCUGUGGGAUGAGAAGAGGGGAGUCUGGUUGGACUACAGCCUGGUAACCAACACCUCCCACCCUGCAUUCUACCCCACUAACUUGGCCCCUAUCUGGGCACACUGCUACUCCCAGCCUUCCAUGGGACAGAGGGCACUACAUUAUCUACAGACUAGUGGUGGUCUUGAGUUCCCUAACGGUGUCCCUACGUCCCUGGUUGACAGUGGUCAGCAGUGGGACUACCCCAAUGCAUGGCCUCCUCUGCAACACAUACUCAUCCAAGGCCUGUCCAGUCUGCCCUCCCAGGAAGCUAAAGAGCUGGGGUUUGAUUUGGCUCAGCGGUGGAUCAGAACUAACUGGCUGGCCUACGUCAAGUACGAAGCCAUGUUUGAGAAGUAUAAUGUGAACGGAGAUGGGAAGCCUGGCGGAGGAGGAGAAUAUGAAGUUCAGUUGGGAUUUGGCUGGACCAAUGGUGUGGCUCUCCAGCUCCUGUCUCAGUACGGUGAGCGGCUCACCUCCGGUGGCAGCGGCUUCACUCCGUGUUUAAGCAUCAGCGUCUCUGUGGCCCUGCUCUGCUCAGCACAAACUCUGUUCCUAUGAAAUACAAUGGGUGUGGGGUGGAGUUGCCCCUAGACGCUGAUCUCGGGUCAGUCCCCCCCCCCCCCCCCCCCCCCACUAAUAGUUAGGAUUGGGGCGGAGUAAGCUGAUCCUAGAUCUGUACGUAGAGGGAAACUUCACUUUGGAGAUGUUAAAAUGUUAAUGCUUAGAGGAGAAUGAUGGUUAAACUGUACAGAGUCUGAAAAUGAAGAUAAUUUAAACUCUGUUUCCCCUGCUAACUAUCAUAGUGAGGGUGUGUGUGUGGUGUGUGUGCGCACGCCACUAUGUCUUGUAGGCUGUGAGUGUUCUCACUGCUUGAUAUUAAAUUGACACACACACACACCAUACACACAUGAUUAUCAUGGUAGCUGAUAUUGAACUGAACUGCUACCAUGAUAAUCAUGUGUGUAUGGUGUGUGUGUGU